AUGUUUGUGACGUAUGAUCCGGACGGAGACUUGGUCCUACUUCUCACACGAGUGAUAGAGCUAAGAGACACAAACGAAGGAGAGAUUCAGGGAGAUUCAGCAAAGACAAAAGCAGAAUCACAAAACUACUCGGAGGAGAACAAUUCAACGGAUGAACUAAGCGCUAGCAGCGAAGAUGUACAUAUGUUAGUCUCAUCCAAGCACAUGUGUCUUGCUUCUCCUGUAUUCAAAGCCAUGCUUCAACACAGCAACUUCAAAGAAGGCCGAGAACUAGCAUCUGUUGGCAAGAUUGAAAUUUCCUUGCCUGACGAUGACCCUGAUGCUUUUGCAGUCUUGAUGUGCAUUAUUCAUGGCCGGACAAGGAAUGUUCCUCGUAAAAUCGAUUUGGAUCUCUUAUCGAGAAUUUCUACCCUGGUUGAUAAGUAUCAAUUACAUGAGGUAGUUGAAAUUAUGUCUGAUAGAUGGAUAUCAUUGCUUGAAGCCGAGUUACCAGAGACAUUUACCGACGGUUUACUUCCAUGGCUUAGUAUCUCUUGGGUAUUUGAAAAGCCAAGUAUCUUUAAAGAAGUUACUCGAAUUGCAGAACGACAAAGUAACGGUAAGAUUGGGGAAGACAGAGAUGAUAUUCCAAUACCAAAUCGAGUUCUUGAUGCAAUCCAAGAACGAAGAUUGACUGCAAUAGUCGACGCCUAUUCCACGGUCGAAACAAUACUCAACACCGGUAAACAUCAUUGCACCGCACCCCGCAAAGAUUCCUUCGAAUGUAGUGGCAUGGUCCUGGGAACGCUCCUACAAAGCUCUAAAAAACUAGGCAUAUUUCCCGUGCCAGAUCUCACUGACACAGAGCUCACUUUCAACUAUGUCGUCAGCCAAAUCCGUAAAGUGGAAGUGGUUGCUCUUUGCGAUAAGAUUUCUCCAUUCAAAGGGUUUGAGUAUCAUCAUUGGUCUACUCAUGGUGUCAAACAGGCUAUCGAUACUGCACUGGCAAUUCUUGAGAAGAGGUUAUCUGGAUUAGAUAUGGGGGAUUUUAAGAAGAGGAAGAGAGUGCAGCCAGAGCUUAAGCUAUCGGCAAGAGUGAAGGCGAAUAAUUUGGACAUGACACAUCUUUAUCUUAUCCAUAUAUACCAUACCGGAUCAGCAUCAAAGCUCGAUUCUUCUCAAUCAACAAUCUUCGAUCCACAUCAAACAGUAAUCCUAUUACAAUGGCACCAGACACUGCUGACGUUUCAGAGAAGCUUAUCUUUGAAACCAAAGGCGACGUCCUUCUUAUCUUUACACGGCAUCUUGAGGAUAAAGAAGAAGGCAAAGAAAGACUCACUAAAUGAGUCAACUUCGUUGAAGAGGAAAACUCCCGAUGAUACCUCCAACACCAUCACUAUGCUUGUUUCUUCGAAACAUUUAAUACUCGCAUCGCCUGUCUUCGACGUAAUGGUUGGCGAUGCUAGAUUUAAGGAAGGGGCCGAGUUACUCGUGUGUGGAAAAGUUGAAAUUAAGCUGCCUGAUGACGAUCCUGAUGCAUUCGCAAUGGUAGCCAAUGUCAUUCACCAUCGCAAUAAAAUGGUUCCCGGAAAUAUCAGCCUUCAGUUAUUCGUAAAAGUAGCGAUCCUUACAGAGAAAUAUCAAAUAUUUGAUGCAAUGCGGUGGGUCUCAAGAGAAUGGUUCGAUAAUCUGCCUUGCUCCAUUCACAAUAAACUCAGUAAUAUAUAUCCGCUCAUCUUCACGUCGUUGGUCUUUGGCAACGCCUGCGUGUUUGAGAGGUACACACGGAGGGCAAUCUUGCACUCUAAAGGUAAUUUUGGUGCUAAUAUGAAGGAUGACUAUUACGUUCGCCCCUCAAUCAUUGAUGCAAUCAAGACAGCCCGCACGCAAGCUUUGUCUGAUAUAUUUGAUGCGCUCAACAGUUUUAUCAAACGAGGGACCGAGCCUCUACCAUAUUGCGACGACCCACGCAAUACAUGCGGGAUCAUGACUACUGGCUCUUUUCUAAAAAAGUGCUGGCCAUUUCCUCCUGCGCCAUAUGUCGGAAUCAAUCUCUUCAAUCUUCACAAAUGCGUCUCUAAACUCAAAGGAAGAAAAUUCAGUGAACAGAGAGGAACUUUGGUGCCUGGUCUAGGGUGCAAGAAUCAGCAGAUGUUCACAAAUAUGAUUGCGGUACAGAUCAAGGAGCUCGGAAGAAAAAUUGUUGGUUUGAAUAUUGAAAAGUUUCAGCAGAAAAUCCCCGCGAAAGAAGAUUUGGCAUUUUGUGACUAG